AUGUGGUUAAAAAUUAUAUUUAGUUCGGAUAUAAAUGAGGCAAAUGAUAUCCUUUACGUGGCUUUAACGGAAACAGGACUUCUGGUGAAGAUACUUAACAUAUGGUAUUACGAUGCUUUGAUUAAAUUCCUGUUUAAUGAAUGGCACCAAAACGAAAUGUUCGAAUUGUAUACAACACAAGAGCGUGUUUUAUGGCAGCCUUUACUGUUUUUCGACAGCUACGAAUUGCCAUUUUCGAUUUGGACACCAUUUGAUUGGAAACUUCCGUCGAACUAUUGGUAUGCUUACUUUUAUGAAUUGUUUGCUGCGCCGUUAUCAUGUCUAUCCAAUUGUACAACAGACAUGCUUCUCUGUUAUAUGAUGCAGCAUUUGGCUUUGUACUUUAAAUUUAUAGGAAUACGUUUGGAGAAUUUGGCUACUGACGAGAAGCAAACAAAUGAUGUUAUUACCAAAAAGUUGUUGACAAUAAUUAAAUUACAUCUGAAGUUGAAAAGCAUGUCUAGAUCAUGUGGACGGAUAGUAUCCUAUUCAUUUUUAGCUCAAAUUUUACUAAGCGGCUUUGUAUUGUGUUUUAGUCUCUAUCGUUUGACAAACUUUAAUUCCAAAGAAGAUCCUGUAAGAUUUUUGUCAUUGAUUCAGUAUAUUGUUGUUAUGGAUCUACAAAUAUUUUUGCCCUGCUAUUAUGCCGAUAAAUUGACCACAGAAUCGUGUGAUCUUGCAAAUAGUAUUUACAAUUGCAACUGGCCAGAUAUGUCGCCAUUUAAUCGUAAACUAAUUUUAAUAUACAUGCAACAUCUGCAGCAACCUGUAGUCAUAAAAGCUAGUAUCUUUUUUGAUGUCGGCCUACCGAUUUAUGCAAAGACUAUGAAUAAUGCUUACAGUUUUUUUGCUUUAUUACUCAAUAUGGAUGUUGAGUAA